AUGUCAUGGAAUGAGAGUUACGAUUCGUCUGGAUCGAAAUCGGCCGCUGAUCUAGCGAGUUCGUUUUUGAAUUCUGUUGGCCAAGAGCUUCAAGGCUCCUCUAGUGGUGAACCUGCUUACUAUGAAUCUAACGGCCAAUACGAUCAUGGACAUGAGGAAAAGUAUAGCAGCCGAGAGAGAGAUGACUACCAUCGAGAAAAGGACUAUUACAGAGAUGAGUAUCGCCGUAGCGACCGUGAUAGUGAUUAUCGCCGCAGCAGCAGUCGACGUUACCGCGAUCGUUCACGCGACAGAAGAAGAGGACGUUCAAGAUCUCGCGAUCGACACCACCACCACCACCGUAGCAGCCGAAGAGGAGAUGAUGAUUAUCGACGACGUAGAGAAUCAAGCCCACACCGUAGACGAAGAAGCAGUAGCCGUCGUGAUCGUGAUGAGAACAUUGUUCCUUUGCACAAGCGUGAAAGAAAGCUCAACAAUUGGGAUGUGGCACCUGCUGGUAUGGAAGGAAUGACAGCACAACAAGUCAAGCAAACAGGUUUAUUUCCACUUCCCGGUCAAGUGGUGGGUACACGUACUCCUCAAUCAUUUGCACCUCCUAGCAGCCACGCUUAUAUGGCCGAUGGAUCUCGUGUACGAGUGACUCAAGGUGCUGCUGGUCCAGUAGCUCUUAACGCAACACUUGCGCGACAAGCACGACGAUUGUAUGUCGGUCAGAUACCCUUUGGCGUUGAUGAGAACACCAUGGCCGAUUUCUUCAACACAACAAUGCAGCAGUUCAAUACUACUAAUCAGGACGCCGUUGUCUCUGUCCAGAUCAAUCAUGACAAGAACUACGCCUUCGUUGAGUUUCAAACACCUGAACAAGCAACAGCUGCCAUGCAAUUUGAUGGUAUUACUUUCCAGAACCAGACUCUCAAGGUGCGAAGACCCAAAGAUUAUCAACCACCAGGUGGCGAAUAUGUGGAUACAUCUUCAACUGCUGUUCCCGAUACACCCAACAAGAUCUUUAUUGGCGGUUUGCCCAUCUAUUUGAAUGAUGAUCAGGUGAUUGAAUUACUCAAAUCAUUUGGUGAGUUGCGUGCUUUCAAUCUCGUCAAGGAUCCUGCUACUGGACAAUCAAAGGGAUUUGCAUUCUGUGAGUAUGAAGAUCCUAGCGUCACCGAUCUUGCUUGUCAGGGUUUGAACAACAUGGAACUGGGUGAGAAGAAAUUGGUGGUUCAGCGUGCUAGCGUUGGUGCACACAAACAUGAUCAUGCAGCACCUUCAACAAUGUUUAUGCCAAUGGUGGUAAAGGAGGAUGAUGCAACACGAGUGGUCCAAUUGAUGAACAUGGUAACACCUGAAGAACUUGAAGAUGAUGAAGAGUAUCAAGAUAUUUGGGAGGAUGUAGCAGAGGAAUGUGGCAAGUUUGGUCGUAUCGUAGAUAUGAAGAUUCCUAAACCACAGGGCGGACAACCUGUUGCUGGUCUUGGCAAGAUCUUUUUGCGAUAUGAAACUACAGAGGAGGCCAUGGCAGCUUUACGUGCUCUUGCUGGUCGCAAAUUUGCUGAUCGAACGGUCGUCACGAGCUUUGUGGAUGAAGAACACUACUUGGCUGAUAACUUCUAA